CUCCUUCUCUGGAUCGGAGUAUUAGGUAGAAUCACCGUAAACUCCAGUCCGGAAUAUCCUCAGCCACAACCCCGUUGUCCCAUUGCCUACGAGACGAAUGCCAUUGCUGUCAACGGUCACGCCCCGUUGACCUCCCCUAAGGGACACACACGCCGGUGUCCGCACCCUGACCCCCCAGAUCGGUCUUGCGAAACGCUGCAAUUGGUAGCCUACCCUCCUCUCGUCGCUAUUCCUUUGCGACCUAGAUGGCUCCGUGAACAUCGCUCGACCGCCGCGAAGGACUCAAGUGCCAAUGAUAGCUCGGUGCUCCGUAUCGGCCCCAGGGCUCUCGCCCAGGCUGUGCCGCCCGCCGCUGCCGUCUGCCCUCCGCCAGCCCCGCGCGGCUGCGACGCGGCAGUCGAGGCACUUCGCAUCCACGUCCCGACAAGCCUUCCGCCGGUCGUCGGGCAAACGGCGGCAGCAGGAGCCUUUCGGGUCGAGGCUGCGGACGGCAUUGAGGAACACCAAGGUCCAGUGGUAUCCCAUACCCGUGGGCUUGGGCAUUGGCUUCCUAGGCCUCGUCCAGCUCUACAAGACCCAGUCGCGCGAGAAGGAGAGGCUCGACAGGGAAGCGGGCGAUGCCGAGGCGCCCUCUCCCAAGAGGCGGCCGCGAGUCCGACCCGACGGCCCAUGGCAGGUUCAGGUGAUGUCGACUCUGCCUCUGAAGGCGAUAUCGCGGCUGUGGGGCCGGUUCAACGAGCUGACCAUCCCGUACUACCUGCGGGUCCCCGGCUUCAAGCUGUACUCCUUCAUCUUCGGCGUCAACCUGAACGAGGUCUCCGAGCCGGACCUGCACGCGUACCCGAACCUCUCCGCCUUCUUCUACCGGACCUUGAAGCCCGGCGCGCGGCCCCUGGAUCCGAACCCGAACGCGCUGCUCUCGCCCGCCGACGGCCGCGUGCUGCAGUUUGGCCGGAUCGAGGGCAACGACAUCGAGCAGGUCAAGGGCAUGACCUACACCAUCGACGCCCUCCUCGGCAAGCAUACGCCCGCCCAUAGCGUGUCCGACACGCACGGGGCGCACGGCCACCCGCCCCCCAAGACCGACGACCACGAGGAGCUCGUCAAGGCGCACCAAGAGUUCGCGCGCGUAAACGGCAUCUCCUACACGCUGCCCGAUUUCUUCUCGGGAUCCGACGACCCGCACGAGAGCGGCAAGAAGCUCGUGGACCAAGCCGCCGCCCCGUCUAGCCCGGGUGCGGUCUCGGAGGUGCGCGCCGACCUGGCGCUCGGCGAGAAGCCGUGGUACGCGCUGCUGUCGCCGGACGAGCGGACAGCGCUCUACUACGCGGUGGUGUACCUGGCGCCGGGGGACUACCACCGGUUCCACUCGCCGGCGAACUGGGUGGUGGAGCGGCGGCGGCACUUCGCGGGGGAGCUGUACUCGGUGUCGCCGUACCUGCAGCGCACGCUGCCGGGGCUGUUCACGCUCAACGAGCGCGUGGUGCUGCUGGGGCGCUGGCGCUGGGGCUUCUUCAGCUUCGUGCCCGUCGGCGCGACCAACGUCGGCUCCAUCGCCGUCAACUUCGACCGCGAGCUGCGCACCAACUCGCUGCUCACCGACACCGCCGCCGCCCGCGCCGCCGAGCACGCCGCCGCCCGCGGCGAGCCCUACCACGGCUUCGCCGAGGCCACCUACCGCGCCGCCAGCCCCGUCCUCGGCGGCUACGCCCUCCGCCGCGGCGACGAGAUGGGCGGCUUCAAGCUCGGCAGCACCGUCGUCCUCGUCUUCGAGGCCCCCGUCCCCGACCACCCCGGCGCCCGCGGCGGCUUCGUCUGGGCCGUCGAGCGCGGCCAGCAGAUCAAGAUGGGCCAGGCGCUGGGCGCGGUCGAGGAGUGACGGGCCUGCGCUCACGCGUGACGAAAAGAAAAGUAAUGAUGCCUACAGAAACAUGGAGGAAAUACUGCAAAAGGGCAGAGGGGAUACGGGUUAAGGACAGCGCAAAGCAAGUCGUUUUUGUAUAGUAGCGACGCAGCAACGGACGCCUGGCGCGCGCACGGGCAGACGCGGAGAGGAACGGCGAGCCGGGUAGGCCGGCUACUGUACGAUAACUUUCUGUGUACAACCGCAGAACCGCUUCUCCCCACCUCUAUACCCAUCUCUAUCUCGAAAGCGAGGAGCGCGAAAAAGAGCAAGAAAGCAAAAGAACAAGAACAAGAACAAGAACAAGAAUACCCCCGCCCGCACCCAUGCGAGCAACUUCUACGUAGAAAUGCCAUGGCGCCCUAUCCAGCCCAGCUCGGGUUCGGCCCUCCCCCUCUCUUCCUAUCGCCUUCGCAUUCCCUCCUCCGUCUGGCGCGCAAGAGAGAAUAGGCGAUAUAUGUAUAUCUAUUUAUCUAUGAGCACAACAUAUGCGCGUGUGUGCGCAUCACCUCCGCCCCGCGACCUCCUCCUCCCCCCACAGCAGCGCGCCCGCCUCGCGCAGCAGGCGCGCGCACUCGCCGCCGCCGCCGGCGGUGCGCUCUGCCAGGUACAGCGGCGUGUUGUCGGCGCGGU